AUCUCCACUUUCACAAGCUUCCAACGACCACCUCCUUGCUCGGCAUCUCCUCUCUAUCUUCCUCACUCCCUCUCCCACCUCACAUCACAGCGAACUCACGGUCCGGCCUGGUACCGUCCACCAAACCGCCCAAUAUGCCUCCCUCGAUGCCCAGCCCAUCGAUCCGGAUCCCCGUCGAGCUGCUCUCGCAAUCCUCGUUCGCGCAAUUCGGCACCGUGAUCGAGAACCCCGCGCACUCGACGCUGCCGCGCUCCCAGCGGCCGCCCCUUCUCGACACCGUCUCCGCGAACCAGGGCACCGCCGUCAAGAUCCUCGAUGUCACCCGCAUGACGGACCUGUACCACCUGGCGCCCUCCACGAAGCCCGCAAAGGCCGUCAUGAACAUGUUUGUGUGCGCGCCGCGCGACCUGCGGCCCCACGAACCGUCCGACAGCAUGCCGUCCAGCUGGGGGGACAUCGACUUCGACGAGGAGGACUACGAGGACGGGGGAUCCGAGAGGCAAUUGUUCGACGUCCAGAUCCUGGAGCGCCAUCCCUUCACCACGCAGACGUUCAUACCGAUGGGAUUGUCGCAGGCGGAUAAACACACGCAGUAUCUCGUGAUUGUGGCGCCGACGUUGCCGGCAUCUGCCUCGAGGAGACACACGGGUCGCCCGCCGCCGUAUCCCACGCCGAAGAUCAAGAAGUCGAGGUCGAUAAAGGAUAUAUUCGCGAGGGCGAGGCCGUCGCCGUUCACGAACGAGAAGGGACCUCCGCCUAGCCAAUUUAUUCGAUCGCACCCUUCGCAGAGACCGAAGGGGCCGGGCUUGCCUGACCUGAAGAAUCUGAGAGCCUUCGUCGCGACGGGGAACCAGGCCGUGACCUAUGGUGCGGGAACAUGGCAUGCGCCAAUGGCAGUUAUUGGGGAUAGACCGAUUGAUUUCGUGGUUGUGCAAUUCGCCAACGGAGUGAGCGAUGAGGAUGUUCAGGAGGUCAUAUUGAAGCCAGCUCCGAGCGCGGAGGAGGGAAUGGUAGUGUCGGUCGAUUCUGACAGAUCGGGGAGGGUGCUGGUGAAGGCGGGCGUGGGCUCUGUAAAAGCUAAGCUGUGAUAACAACUCACACUAUCAUAUCUAUAGCACCAAGAGGAUAUUGGAUGCACACGAAAAUCUUGUUGAAUAAUACCAAUGUAAUGAAUUAUAACGCUCUGUAAUGUCCUUUUCCCCUUAUGCAAGUGCUUCACAGAGCAACCCAUGGUAUAAUACAAAGCAAGAUAGAAACAGAAACACCAGUGAGAUGCAUGCAGCAAAUUCA